CUACAGCGCGAAGUUUUAAAUAAGUGCGUGUUGAAUUCAACCUGAACUUAUUCACCUUAUGCUGCAUAUAAAACAGUCUUAAGAUUAUGGAAGAUCAGCUUAAAAUGCUAUCUAGAAACCGCGAAUUUAUGUCGCUGGUAUUGAACUUGGCUGAGUCGGUUAACAAGCUGGCAGUAAGUGUAGACAGCACUGCGAAGCGCUGUAGUGAAGGAGUGGUAGACUCUAUCCUUUCGAUAUUAGACACAGCUGAUAAAUACGGAGAUGAAGCCUUGCAGGCUAGCCUGGAUCCAUUGAAGCAUAAGCUUAAAGUAGGAAUCGCGGAACUAAGGACUUGCGCUCAGAAAAGACAGCACUUACCUUUUAUAAGACAGUGUGCUGUGCCUCUGAGCCUUGAGCUUCUUACGUCUCUGGAAGAAUAUGAGCUGGCAGCUCUGGAAAAGGCUCACGACACUGCCAUCGAAAGUGUACAAGAGUUGGAAUCAUUGCAUGGAAGUCAAGAUGUGGAUGUGUUUGCAAGGAUCAUAAAAGCCUUCAAAAAUGUGUUGCUGUUCUUGAAAAAAGCCCAGAAGAGGGUCUCCUCGCUGCCUCAGCGAUGUAUCUUUGAUGGCUUUGUGGACACCGCAGCAGUACAGAAGUUUUACCUAUACUUUUUGGUGUCUGUUAGCCAGCUUCUCUCCAAGUAUACAGGCAGCCGGCAUGUAAAGAUACUUUGGUGCUUUGCUGUUCGUCAAGCAGGCCUGUGGCUGUCCAAGUUACGAGACUUCGCCUGCAGUGUUUCUUCCUAUGACUUCUUAGAUGGGUGGAUGGGUGCCUUUGUUGGGAAGGUGGAUGAGGCUCUGUACCACUUAGGUCACAAGUUGGGGGCUGAAUUUUACUCUGCUGUGGAUGCUGUGACUAGCCAUGGGAUGUCAGUAUGCCACCUCUGCCCAGAAGCGGACCGUGACAAGCUGAUCACUGCUUACAAGCAGGUUCUAGAGUCCAAACUUGACUUGGAAAAAGCAACGAAGAGUGAGGCAGGAAACAGCAUAGAGUCAAAAUGCAAAAAAAUGAAAGCCACGUUGGAGAACUUUGAAGAGCUUGUGAACAUAGCUCUUGUGGAACUUAUAGUCCAUAACUACAUGAAGCCGAGUUCUUCCUUUUUGAACCUCUUGCAAGUUGCUAAACAAGACCCACUGAAAAGAGAGUGCAGUGCAAACGGCCUCACUCAUCUCCAUGCCAAUGCAGCCAACCUGUCUGACCUCUACAAAAGUAAAGCAGAUGAUUUUUGUGAAUCUGUGGACACAACUUACAGCAUAGCUCAUUUAGCUGCUGGUUGCACGACAGAUGUUAGAUCUGUCAGCAAACUCUGGGAACACCUGCGUCUGAUGGAGUGGCUAGACCCCGAGCUGGUGGCAGCGGUCAUGUCUCUGGUCAGUAGUAGCGACGAAGGCCUCUCAGAUGUGCUGGAUAGAAUGCAGGUUGCAUGGAACUUUCACAUUCAAGGCCUCUUCAAGAGUCUGCUUUACCUCACUGAGCCAACUGCUUUUUUUGUCUGCCUUGAUGCGUCGCUGAAAAGGAGCAUUGCUUCCUUGAAUGACAGUUCAUUGGAUAACCAAGAAUCAGCCAGCGUCAUCAGUGCAAUCUGCACAAGGAUAAAAGCGGUGCCAGAUCUGGCAUCAGUGGCAUUUGAAAGUAGCACAAUGCCAGAAAAAGUUCAGGUUGCCUUGAGGAACUUAAAGAGCGCUCGGCGAUCAUUGCAGCGAGCACCGCCAGAGAAUAGAAUCAAAGUUGCCAAGGUUGUUCGUGGCUGUGUGAAUGCUGUUCACGAAGAAAUUACUAGGAACUUGGAUGUUGUGUCUCAGACACCAUCACAUAUCCCAAGUUGUUUGCUGACUGGACUUACCACACCGAUGGUUAGCCGAUGUCCUGUGGCAGGCGAGAAGUCCCUAGACCUUGACAUAACAGCAAUUUUGAAGGAAAUGGAGUCGCAAGCAUGUGAGAGCGACAAGUCACCUGCUACACAACCUGGUCCUCCAAAAGAUAGCACUGGUGCUACAUUUUCUGCUGAGGAACGUGGGCAUACCAUGUCAUUGCCUAAGCACGCAGUGAGGUCCCGAGUACCGAGGGCCCACGUGAACAUAAGUCACCGGUCAAAUACUAUCACAAAAACUGGCUGGCGGGAGGCACUCAGUCGCUCCCUCUGGUACUCUGAUAGGAGCCUGUGUGUUGGAAAUAUAAGCUCCAAGAACUGGCUUCAGAAUAACAGCACAACAUAUGCACUCAUUCAUGAAGUACAGCUUCUUGUCAAGGCCAUCUUGGAUGCUCAAGAAGAGGUGUGCAGUCCUGACUCUCUCGCACAACUGGCUGAUCUUGGUCGCAAGUUGGCAUCAGAAGUGGCUAGUGUGUGUUCUCAUGUAAAGACUUCCAUGAACAGAACCAGGUUGCUUGUAGAUGUGGAGAAAGCACAAAACGACAUUGAGUUCACUGCUCGUCAGAUGCAGCUGUUUGUGGACCUUGGAAAGGAUAAACCUGUGGCCAACAUGACUGUUGCACCAUUUGCCCAGAAUUUCCUGCUUUUAGCGUCUGAAAUAUCAAAGGCACUUCCGAUACUAUGUGGUCAGUCUUGCAACGGCACUGCGAUUGACUCACCUGUCACAGUCACCUUGCUGCGCACUCAUGAAAACUUGUCUCCAGGUGCUGCAAGUAUCGCAAGCAGCACUUCUGCGUGAAUUUUGUGAAUCUGACCUGUUGUUUUUAGCUGGUUUGUACUCCAGCGAUCACAAAAGUGCCUGUGAAUUAUGAGCGGUGUUCUGUCAUGCUGCUUGUUUUUCAUUAUAUAUAUGUGCCUUAAUACAGUGUCUUUAUGUGUGCAUAGCCUGGAAUAAUUCUUGGCUGCUGUACAGAAGACACCAGAUGUGUCCUUUACGUGUAUGUUGUGGUAAGCGUUAGUUCAUGAGUGUUGUUAGCUGGAAGUAAUGCAUUGGAUUGCGGUAAUAGGCUAUGUAUUUAAUUUUGCAGAUUCUUUGCUUAUUGCUUGUAUAACUUGUGUUGUAUGAUAGUGCUCUGGAUUCUAUGUGAGCUUAAAUUUCUUGGAAUAAUGGUUUGCUGAGCUAGGUUUCAAUCCAUUUUCUUGUGGCGAAAACUGCAGCACAAACUAAACACAGAAGGUGAAAGGAAGACAAACGGCAUUCAUACUAACAACUAAAAUUUUUAUUGGAAUUGCUCACUUAUAUGUAAAGACAGUGAAAAAUCACAUGCAUUUAUGUUUAAAUGAUUGAAGAGGCUUUCUUGCCUAACCAGUCUGGUGAAGGGUGUGUUUCUUUACAAUCUGUCGUGCUGCAGGCCACAGAGAUGGGCUAUAGAGACGUGCACCACUGAGGGAUUAUUGCAUUUUACUUGGCUUUUAAAGUAUAAAUGUCAUGCGACAUUUCACUCUCUUUAUGUUUGUGGAACUCCAACAAAAAUUCCGUUAGUGUCAGUGCCAUGUUCGUCUUCCUUUCACAUUUUGUGUUUAGUUUAUGUUGUGCUUUUCAGACCACAAGAAAGCUUACAUUACUCUUGCUUUAAUUCUGCACUAUGGGUGCCCAUGAGUUGCUGUGAUUGCUGACUCGCGUGCAGUAUAAGUCUUUUGAAGGUGUUGUCCUUUUAAAUGACACUCUGUUGCUCCAGAUUUACAUUUUUUUAGAGAAAUGACUUGCUCAAUAUUAUGUUAGUGACCCAGUGAUGUUGGGCCAAUAAAAGGGCUAGGUGUCUGUGUUAUCGUUAUUGUUAACUUCCCUUUGAAUGUUAUAGCUUCAGCAGCAGUAGCUGUGCUCCAUGAGGGCAGCAGAAGAAUGUUUCUCUCCUUAUUUAAAACCACAUUCGGCCUUAACACUGCAAAAGACAUUGAAAGCAAGACAUAUUUAGUCGAGCUGAAGUGAUAGAUUAGAGCUCAAAGGUGUCCAUUCAUCGUUUUUGUAUUUGACAUAAUCGAAGUAAUAUAAGGCAGGAUCGACAUUGCAUUAGUACUAUGAAAACAUGGUAACAGGACCAAUGGCAUGUUAUGUUCUUUAUAACUCACAAGCUGUAGUCAACCAGUUAUACAAGAAAGCUAAUUGCUUUAGAUAAUGAGAAAAUAAUGGCUUGUUUAUUGCUUACAACAGGGUUUGUACAGGUCCUUCAAACCCUUGAAUUUGAAAAUACAUUUUCAAGGCCCUUGAAGGUCCAUGAAUUGUAUUCUGUUCUUGAAAACCUUUGAAAUUCAGGACCAGUGCAGUCUAAAGUCCACAUUGCAACCUGGUUUCUGUUGUAGGUAGCGUCGAUGCAGCAAACUUUCCAUUUGAGAAACAAUACACCACGCGAGUUUGCAUGUAUUCUGUUUGUUCAUGCCUUGUCCUAUCGUUCAUUUCACUCCUCACCGAUCAGUGCAUCUUGUCUCACUUUCUCUCUCUCUACUUAUCUCCUUACGACUUCACUCUUGUCUCCUGCAUUUAUUCUUUUUUUUCCCUGUCAAGAGAGUGACGCAUGUGGUUAUUAGAGUGUAACGUUGUCAAGCCUUGCUAAUACUAGAGAAGUCUCAGCACUUGUCCUGAACAUUUGUUGUAUGUUGGGAACUGCUUUAGAUGGCAUCAAGACUAAACUUUUCUACAGUAUAAUAAUACACUUAAAACUCGAUCUACCAAAACCCGAUUUCACGUAGUUCCCAAUCUAGGGAAGAAAUUUACAUGCCCGGCAGGUACUCAUAAGGUUAAACAUUGUUGUCAACCUGAACUAACAAAACUAACCUGAAACCAAAACCGAUUUAAAGAAGUUUUUAAAAAAAUAAAUGAGUAAAAAGAAGCGCUAAUUUUUUUCUACUUUUUACACAGAUGGCUUUUUUCUUCAAGCAUGGGAACUAACGCUAUUGCGUUAAAACAUGUGUCACCCAUAGUCACGAGCCUGGUAUUUUGACAAGGCUAUGUGCCACCCACAUGCACAGAACAGUGGACUGUUAUGUACCACUGUUCUGUACCAGAUGGUACUACGGGUGGCGGUGGUUUAUUGUUCCUGUCAAUGCUCCCAGAGGAACACUACUGUGUGCUGUCGUUAUUUCAUGAUUUAUGCAACAGAUGACACUGAUUGUCUCCUCGCAACUUUCUUGCUCGCCUUGCUCGCAUAAUCACUGCAUUUGUUCUCCCCAUCUUUGCAAUUCGGCUGCAUGUCAUAUUUCACAUGACUGUCUACCUGGCCUGCAUCGCCUGGACCUCAAUGAUCGGUACACCUGGAGGCUCAAUGAUCGGUACACCUGAACAGACUUUUCACAUGAGCACACGUGGGUUAGCAGCAAAAAUAAUGCCGUGGUAGAUUUUGGGUGUCUCUGUGUUACAAUUUUAGGUUUCGAAGACUGAAAAACCCCUUUCUCAAUUUUACAAACUUCCCGAUUUAACAAAGUAACUUGAGCGUGGUGAUCACCUUGUUAAAUUGAACCUUCAACUGUAUAUAUGUACAGUAAAACCUCAUUAAUUCGAACUCGGUUAUUUUGAAAUCCCACUUAGUUCAAAGGAUUUCUGUGGUCCUGUAUAUUGAAAUGUAAAUAUGAGUGGAUAAUUUGAAGUGGCGGUCAGUACCAGCCCGGUUAAUUCGAAAACUUUGGGUGCCAUCUGCCAAUUCUCAAUCCCGAUUUCGCCACUAAUCCGCGGAAACGACGGCCCUUGGAAGCCACAAGGCAAUGCACCGUAGCGAUACUAAUGAGUGACAGGUGAAGCACCCCAGCCUCGCAGCUGCCAGCGAAAAAAAAACAAAAAACAUAAAAAACGGUCUCGUGGUCAAUUGAAAUAAGCGCCUGUGGAAAUGACGCGCUUCACUGCAACACAGCGGUGUCACGCGGGCAGCAUGUCGCAUGUUUCUCGCAAUGUCAGCGCGUCAUGAUUUACCCAUUCUUUCUGGGAAAAUAAAGGAAUUAUUAAAGGACGGCCUGACGGAAUUCGCGAUGUAUGCGAACCUCCGAUUGGCGGUUGUUCCAGCAGUUAGCAGCUGUCACCUCACCUGCUCCUCGCUGCUGACGCUGCGAGGAACAAGUGACAUGCUGCCCGCGUGUCACCACUGUGUUGCAGUGAAGCACGUCUUCUCUUCCGCAGGCGCGCAUUUCAGUUGAUCACGAGAUUUUUUUUCUUUUUCCUUUUUUUUUUGCGCUGGCAGCCGAGAGGCUUGCUGUUUCGCCGGUUUAGCGGCAAAAUUGCGACCGGGGAUUGCUGGAGAACAUAACCCUUGGAGCCACAAACUAGCAGGAACAGCAAACAACCACCUCUGAUUACUUUCAGUAAUUGUAUGUAUGUUUUUUGUAUGUUUGGUUAAUUCGAAAACCCGCUUAAUUCGAAGAUUUUUCACAGUCCCAGUGACUUUGAAUGAACGAGGUUUUACUGUUUAUGUACGAUAAAUUUAGUCAGAAUUUGAAACAUUGUUAUCGUAAAAAAAAAACUCAUUUGGAUGCCGUUUUUUAAUCCUUGAAAAACAUGUGACAGUCCCUUGAAAUUCCUUGAAUAUCCUUGAAUUUUCUCCUUUGAAACCUGUACGAACCCUGCUUACAAUCAAUCGGGAACAGAUGACGAAAAGGAAGGCAUAAAAGGUAUACCGUAAAAUCUCGAACAAGCGCCCCAUUCCCUUCCUCGGGAGAUUUCAAAUAUGCGGCCUCUUCUUCCCUUCCACCAUUUACUCACUGUUCUUAUUCACCCGACGAAGGUGAAUGAGAAUAGUGAAUGCAUGCGUAUCCAAUAAAGCAUUUCAUUAGAAGCACAGGUGUGCAUUCUUCAUUCUUAGCGGCUCUUCCGCCGCCUUCUUGAAUUUUGAUCCGUGACUGAGCAAAGGUCCCCCCCCCCUCCAAAUCUUGUCGAAUUAUCCUUCACUGUAGGGGUGGAGCUGCUUGUUCAGAAUUUUACGGUAUGCGAAAUAGUAAUCGCAGUGUAUAUCAGUAAGAAAAUAAAAUGGAGGACUUAGAGAUGUUGCAUCUUCACACGGCUCCUGUUUGUGCUGUUUAUGAGAUUGCGGUGCCACCUCUUUUGGGCCUCUGAGUUGAUUUAGGCAGUAGCACCUGUUGGAGCAUGAGGUCUUAGAUUUUCUGGGUAGCUUAGGACAUUUGGGUUCUGCUGAACCCGAAGGUCGUGGGAUUGGAUCCUGGCUGCCGCAGCCGCAUUUCGAUGGAGGUGAAAUGCUAGAGGCCCAUGUGCUUGGCUUUAGGUGUACGUUAAAGAAUCCCGAUGGUCAAAAUUUCCGGAGCCCUCCAGCGUCCCUCGCCAUCGUAUCGUGGCUUUGGGACAUAAAACCCCAACAAUUAUUAGAAUAUUUGGGUUUACACCAUCUCAUUUGUUGUUGGCAAUUUGAAUUUCGAUUAAACUGUGUGGCCUCCUUUGUAGGGGAUUUUUUUUUUCUGCAACUAGGUCAUCUGCUGGCACGAAUCAGUCAUUGCAAAAUUCUGAAAAAAAAAAGGUAAUCGGUUGAUCUGGACUGAUUUAAUUUUUACCAUUGUUUGCCUUCAUCCUCCUUCAAAGGAUGAUGUUAUCACACUGGUGCAAUGUUUGUGCUGUAUGGUGUGGCUCAACUGUGACUUGUUGCUGAACAUCGGGAAAUAUGAGCUAGGUUUUCAUCCAUACGUUGUGAGAGCUACGCAGCUAUGAAAAGUGAUGGGCUUUACAGUUUUAGUGGGUAGUUCGAAAACAAAUGUCAUUGUUAUUUUUUACACUUUUAUAAAAGUAGGUGACAGACAUGCUUAUAUAGGGUCCUUUAGCUUGAUCAUAACCAAUUUGUUUUCAGCUGCUUGACUAGUUACUAGCCUUCAGCCCAAGAAGGUAAUUUGUGGCGUGAGUACACUUUUUACAUAGCAAAUCAAAAUGGUACAUAACAUGUGAUAUUAAGUGACAAUGUAUAAUUCACUCCAGUUUUACAUCUUUUUCUUUUGCACUUGGUCCUCAUACUGUCACUUAUACCUUCACCACUGUCCCCAAUUUCUAUGCUUUUUUUACAGUUAUUUCUUACGGGGGAUAGUGACUUAAUAAUUUAAUAGUAGUAAUAAUUUAGCAAUUUCUUACAUGCUUAUCAAAAGUAAGUGGCUGCUCAUUGUAAUAGCUCUAAAGGUACAGUAAAGGACAACUCCAGUGAAGUAUUUUAGUAUUUUUCAGUACUUGAUUUGUUUUUAUUUGGUAAAAGAAGGUUGUUUAAUAACAAUUGAACCUCUUUACUUGAAAGUGCCUGGAAAUUUAAAAACCUUGCAACCAUGUGCUCGCAUUCUGCUAGCACAUGGUUGGAGCUCAUGGUUGGUGCACUGCUAGCGAUGGCUGCCCACUCAACGAGUUGAAGAGGAAAAGCAGUGCUAAGAAGGGAGGGUAACAGCCAGUUGCUCGUAGCUUCCUUGAUACCAGGCACGUUGCCUAAAGAGGUAUUGAUACAAAAUUCUGAAGGUGAGAUAACUUGUGAGAUUGAUUUAUGUGGAUAUACGCACAUCAUCUACAAAAUAUCAACAGAAAAUAUAGCCUGGAACUUAUAUAAAAUCAGUUUUAAAGUUUAACAACAUCUUAAUUUUAGCGCUAAACAAGACGGACACCUGAGAGAGGACAGGACAAGCGCUUGUCCUGUCGUCUCUUAUGUGUUAGUCUUUUUUAGCGCUAAAAUAAAGAUGUCGCCAAGCAUUCACCAACUCGCCCAGCGACAAGUUCUUAGUAAGCAAUUUUAAAGUGUAUGCCGUGAAAGUGAGCACAAGAUGCAGCACUUCACCACAUGGACAUCAACUUGGUUUUAAUGUAAACAACCAACAACCACCUACAUCACGAGUUUGUGGUGGCUGCCAUUCUCCUGCUUACGCUCUCUGCCGCAGUUGUCAAUGCGGCACUCACGUGCAUGUCACUGUUUUGUGUGGUGUUGCGGCCAGCUGUGCUUGCAAAAAAAUCCAACCUGGUCUUAGUGCUUUCUGAAAUCGAAACUGUAACUGGGCACUAUAAAAACACCUCCAAAUAAUUAACCAUGACACGCUCGAGCAAAUGAGGUAUCCAGCUGUAAUAAGUGGAGUAUUAGCUACUUAUCCCAACAAAAAGAAACAAGGUGCAAAAUUUUUGUGUCACUACUUCUUUAAUUUGUGGUGGCAAUGAUUUGAUAAUGCUGUAACCUAAAUGCCAAAACAACAUUUAAGAAACCGUUUCAGGGAACAUUUAAUAACAGUUUGUUUUAUCGGGACUAGAUAUCGCAGUUGGUUUCGAUUUAUAAUUUCACUGAUAAGUAAAACAAUAGCACAAUUAAAAUUGAACUGCUCACGUAAGGGGUAUUUGUAGUUUGAUGUGGCAAAUAGAACACCACAUUUAGAAUUACCUUUUGUAACAAAACCUGCUAUAAAACUUUAUCUAUUUGUUUUAAAAGACUGGGCCUACUGAGUGACCCAUGCCCUACUGAGGGACCCUUGGUGUUUGUGUUACAAACACCAAGAAUUUUUUUUUGAUCCAGUUAGUCAUUCUAGAAGGAUAUAAUGGUGCUAAUUUGUUCCAGUUGUGUCAGAAAAAUUAAUUGCUCCAGUCAAAUAUUGCAGUGUUUUUUUAUUUGCCUAUGUAGCUUUGUGUGUGUAUAUGGUGUACCGUGACUAGGCCUGUCCGUGACUAGGCCUGUUUGCUUGCUGCAUGACAAUCGAUGAAAGCAGGUUAUGGGACACUGUUGUUACGUGUGCAAAUUUGUUGUUGUGUAUCAAUGGGAAUCAUAUUAUAAGUGGCGUGGGAGAGAGUGCUUUAAUGGUGUUGAAAAGACUAUGUGCCAAUGCAGUCUUGUUUUUUGUGUACACCUGAAGCCCAGCAUGUGCAAAGAGCCAUUCUUAUGCACUUAUCUUCAGUAGAAAAUUCCUGGUGUUAACGUUCCUUACUCACAAAAUAGAAUUGCCUCGACAUAGCCUACUAACUGCGUCUUGAGAACAUUAAACCUCACAAUUUAAUUUUUAAAGUACUGUGCAUAGGUCCUAUCUUUUGCAGAUGUGUUGUCUGAUUUGUGAGUUUUAAAAUUUCUGCGUCAAAAUGAUUGUUGAGUACGCUGGUCAGCAUUAUUUGCAGCAACCAUGUGUCACUUCUUGAAUAUGGAGCUAUACUCUUUCCCAUUUCCUAUAGCUACAAAAUUGUACCAUUUUUCUGCAAAAGGCUGAUGCUGUGUGCUUUAUCUGGGAAUGAUUGAAACGCAGUAAUGUCUUUCUUACUUGAACCAGAAUGAUUGAGCAAAGGACUCCUCAUUAGCAGCUGCAUAGUGUGUAGUAUAUGCAUGCUUUUUUUUGUGUACCUUCUGCAUGUACUCGUACACUCACUGAUACUAUUAAUAUUCUGCUUGUAGGGUGCACCUGCCUCUGAGAAAUAAGAAUGGAUGUCAACUGCAUUGCUCAUAUCUGUCCCUAUUGCUCAUGAUCAUAAAUGUCGACAAAACGUCUAAGUGUUUUCUAAUAAGUGUGCGGUGCAAUCAUGAAAUGGGCAGAUUGCUUGUUGUCCUACCCUGAACUAUGCUAUAAAAAAAAAUUGGUUCAGAUACAAAGGUAUCUUUGUUGUAUUCGGUUUUCAUUAUAUGCAUGUUUUACUUUAAAUAUUACAGCAGAGCUGUUAUAGUAGAGGUUUGCCGUGUGUCAUAGAUAGAAAAUUAUCAUCAUCACAAACUGGCGCGCACUCUCAUCAUUCUCUUCUGCUUCGCUACCAGGACAUGUGUACCGAUUCUUCUGGCGUGGGACGCAAUAACUCUAAUGGGCAAGAGAACGAGUACAGAGAGAGAGGAAGAAAGAGAGAGAAAUUCUUGGCAAAGCGGGGCUCAAACUCGCAUUCCCACGAUUUGAAGGCGAGUGUUGUAACCACUCGGCUAUCCGGGCACACUAGCUGAGUGUAGCAUAGCCUUGGAAUCUCGUUCAUACGAUUCUGCAUAAUACGUUUUUUGGCCUAAUACGUUUUUCAUUUUAGUCCCGGCCAACGUCCCUUGGCAUUUUCAUGCGUUUAAUACAAUCACGUUUUGGCGCACAAUUGGAUAAUAUGACCACGAAAGUGGAUCUUGACCUAUGUAUCUAGAAAUCCUACGUUUAUUCUUCGGUAUACUAGCUCAAACCACGUUCCAACAAACCACGAUCUGCACGUUGCAGAGGUGCUAAGGCCGCAGCAGCAUGGGUUUUGCGGUGAAAUGAUCGCUGCCAGGCACAGCCGCCGCAUCCAAUGAUGAUGGUAAUGCGCCCGGCCAUGCGCCGCGCCAUCUAGCGAAACGUAAUCAGAAUAAUUUAACCGUAAGAAUUUACUCCUAGACGUUGAAAAAAAGAAAGUGCUGUGCAAAUUGACCAGCUACUUCAAUGGUGCCCCAUAAAAGUGAGUUGCUGACGGAGUAUGCUAUUUUUCUCUUUUUUUUUUAAACCUCUUCGGUUAAUACGAUUUUUGCGUGAUACGUUUUAUUUUUCGGUUUCCGUGAAAAACGUAUCAACGAGAUUCCGCUGUAUUGUAUAGCAAGGGUGUGGGAAAGGGAAGUGAGGGUGAGGAUGACGAGAUGUGAGAUUGAGGAGGAGGGGAGAACGAGUACAGGGAGAGAGAGAAAAAAAUAGAUAGAAAGAAAGGGAAGAAAAAGUGAAAAAGAAGGCGAGAGAACGACUACAGAGAGAGAGAGUGAAAAAGUAGAAAGAGAGAAACAGAUAGAAAGAAAGGGAAGGACAAAAAAAGAUAGAAAGACAGAGAAACAAAUAGAUGGAGAGAAAGAGAAAGACGCAGCCAAAAAAAAAAGCAAGCGUAGCCGUGUAUAGCAUAGUAUAGUAUAGCAAGGGUUGGGAAAGAGGUGAAAGGGUAAAAGCCUAGCCAAGCCAGGACCAGUGCCCACCAGCUCUGCUGUGACCCAGCCUUGCACAACUUUGUGCUAGCUGCACUAAUUUUUUUUUUAUAUUUACUUCAUGAUAUCGAAUAAUUUUUUAUAUCUGUGUUUGCUGUUUGAGGUUAAGCUGUAUUGGAUAUUAUUUAUUACAAAUAUUUGCAUGGUUCCUUUAAUUUCUGUUCACUAGAUUUAUAUAUAUUUUGAUACUUUCUGUCCAGUGCCUUAACUCGAUGGUCUUUCUCCCACACAGUUAUGUAAAGGAACACAAAUAAACCAUUACUUCUUAAGUGUUCACUUUUCUUUGUUGGGACAGAACGUCAGCUGUCUCCUGGCUCUUCCUUACAAUUGUGACUAGACUGUUCAGGAUGUGCACAAAGUGAAUCUUGAUGUCUCCUAAAAAAGGACACUUUUGGAAAAGUAAGUUCUUAUUUUCAGAGUUGGUCCUUAACUCAUUGACUAUGGGGCAAACUAAUCUGGACCAUCAGGUUUACCAUCUUGAUCCAAUUUCACUUCAAUGUGAAGAGCAUGGUUCAUGGAGGCUGUGACAACAAAGGGUGUGUUGAUGGUGAAUGUUGCACAUUAAAUUGUUCUCUGCAAAUAGCACAUGCAAAGUGGCGAGUCUGAAGGGUUAUUGCCUCACAGCUGCAUUAAGCUAUUGCUUUGUGACUUUUUACCCACUUGGUUUGGAGCUUGAAGAAUGACCUGAAUGCACAUAUUUCACAGACCUGGCACAUUUUUCUGGAUGGUGCAUUGCAGACAUACUUUUGCCUUUGAGCUUGUGAUAGUAAUCUUCCUGUGGUCAGGGAGUACUACAAAAUUAUAUAUGUAAUGUCAAACUUGAGCUAUUGGCUUGAGUAUAUUUGUAACAUA